AUGAAGGCUAUCGCUGCCCUAUCCUGUGUGGCCGUUGCCAACGCAUUUAUCCUUCCCGACCCUCAGAUUUUCGAGCAGGCGUCGAUCCAGAAUGACGAGCGCCCCUCCUGGUGGGACCGCAUCCCGUCCAAGGAUUCCAUCAUGAACACUGUCGAAGAGGGCUUCGACUCUUUGUCCUCCCAGAUUGAGGGUGCCCUGCACACUCUUGAGGACACUGUCGAGAACAAGUUUGAGCAUAUUUUUGAGGAGGAAAUCUUCAAUGAUGAGGGCGACACUUCCGACAAGUCCAUCUUUGACCUCGUUGCCGGUAGCAAGUACACCACCACACUCGCUAAGCUCGUUAGCGAUUACGACGACAUCGUCGAGGUGUUGAAGAGCACCAAGGCCAACCACACUGUUUUCGCACCGACCGACCGGGCGUUUGCGAAGCUCCCCAAGGGCUUGAAGCUCAGCAAGGAGGCCAUCAAGUCUAUUCUGCUGUACCAUGUUGGUGUUGGCGUGUACGACGCGAAGAGGGUCUUGCGCACCCACACGCUCCCCACGCUACUGAAUGAACCCUGGCUCGGUGACAAGCCUCAGCGUCUUCGCACCAGCGUUGGUCUUGGCGGUGUUCGCGUCAACUUCUACAGCAAGGUUGUUGCAGUCAACAUCCGCGCGAACAAUGGAAUUAUCCAUGGCAUCGACAGUGUCCUCCUCCCUCCUCCCCUGGUCGGCCGAGAGCUCACCCUCCUGCCCAGCCAGUUCUCAACCCUGCUCCUAGCCUACGAGAAGACCGACUUCGUCAAGUACAUCCACGGUGUCAAGUCCACUGGCACCACCGUCUUCGCCCCUUCCAACAAUGCCUUUGCCCGUCUCGGACCCAAGGCCAAUGCCUUCCUGUUCAACAGCCCGACCGGCCUGAAGUUCCUCAAGGCUCUGUUGAAGUACCAGAUUGUCGCGAACACCACCCUGUACAGCGACGCCCUUUACCGCCCUGGAAACAAGGAAGCCAAUGUCAUGGAGCACUACCACGUGGACCUCCCGACUUUGCUGGGCGGCAAGAACAUUGCCGUCGAUGUUGCUGUGUGGCGCGGCUUCAGACGCGUCAAGCUCAAUGGCUACAUCCCCAUUGUUGUUGCUGACGGCAUUGCCAAGAACGGUGUCAUCCACGUCCCUGCUCGCGUCCCCAUCCCCCCUCACAAGCACAAGAAGGACAGCGAGAACGGCGAGAUUAGCGUCCAAGAUUUGAAGGAGAGAUUGGCGGAGUAUGUUGACGAGGACGAUAAGCAGGACGAUUUUGGAUGGUCUGCUGAGCUCUAA